UCUCCCAAUAUGUACAACACACAUGAGGGCUAAAUAAUCUUGUCUUGAUAAGCUAAACAUUCAUUAAGAUCCAGCUAUGCUUCAAAGGAAGGUACUGUGCUCCUUCUGUCUUGAAUUGUUCCUUUUGUUUAAAUCUCACUUUUCUGUAAGGUAUUUUGGGUAGUUCAGAUUGCAAGAUGCAGUAUUCUGGUCACUGCAUGACAACAAAUAACAAAGAGGUAGAUAUCCCAGUUCUACCAAAUAUCCAGAGAUGUCACCUAUGGGGAGUCACCACUGUGUUUAGCAGUUUAAUCCUGCUGUUGUCACUACUGGAUACAGAUUGUUUGGACUGAGAAUAUCAAAACUUCCUUUUAUUUUUGAUGAGUGCUUUGAUAAUAUGCAGGUCGUAGUGGAUGAAUUAUCUCCCUCUUAAUGUUCUUAGUUAUUUAGACAGCUUAGGGACCACAACUUCAGUAAUAUCGUGUGGUCAGCCCCUGAAGCAGAUACUUUAGAAGCUUAUUAAAGCUAGUCCUGGUAAGGAUGGGGGAAGAGAGCGAGAGGAUUAGACUUCAGAGUGAAAAGAAGAAAAUGCGUGCAAGGGAUUUCCCAAAACAGAGGAAUUGUACAGCCAGUAUUUAAUGUCAAAAUCAGUAAGAUACUUAGUUAGGCAGAUAAAUAUUUGCUUCUGAUAUGUAAAUGCUAAUAGGUUGGCUGUGAAGAUGUUUCAAAAAUGUUGGCUUAAAAGGGAAAGUGUUAUCAAAAUUAUUGAACAUGUAUCUUCUACUUAUGAAGCAGUUUUUCCUUAUGAGCCCUGUGUUUCCAGAAGCUAUUCUGAAUCACCGUAAUCAGCCAUUACUCAUGCCAAGAAAGAAUUCCCAACCAGUCUAUAUUAAGGCCUCUGGCUUUAAAGUGAAGAGCUCAACCAAUUGCAUAAAUGAAAGGCAUUGACAGCUAAGGGUAUUUCCUGCUGGCUGGCUCACAGUGACGGGUGGCAAGGCAAAGUAGUCCGUGUGGUGGCCUAGCUUCUGUGUCAGGCUCUAAGAAGCAAUACUGUUUGUUGCAGGGAAGACUGUGGUGAACAGCAGCAUGCCAGAUGUGCACAGGCCAUGGCUGGAUUGAAACGGGCAAUAAAUGGAAUUAUCUGGGGAAAGGAGAUGUAAGGCUUGAGUGUGUAUCUCAGAAGUGAUGUUAAAAAUGUAGGGGCGAAUGGGAUGGUUGUCUGGAUGCACUGUCAGAUUGUGCUGUUCUUGGUAGCUUCAGGGAACUAGCUCAGCAUUUCUGGUUUUGAGGAAAGAGAGGGUGGUGAGUUUGCUGCCUUCAGCUGCUCUGCCUGAUCCCCUUACAGAUGUUUGAGUCUUUGUUCCGAUCCGCCAAACCUGUUGCCCAGAUAACUGCUUGUGACGUGGUGGGACGAGGGGGAAGUCUGCCGAUGUAAGGAAUUGGUGAAUGGCAUGUAAGCAACGUACUCUGAACUGUCCGUCAGCAGGGUGGAUUUGGGAAACUUAAUUCUAGUUUUGCAGUGCUAAUUUGAGAGAAGAAAUUACGGAAGCCAAGUUCUUAAAGCCGAGGGAAAAGGAGCAGCGCGAGGUCACCGAGCGUACGCGGCCGUGUGUCCCGGCGGCUCUCCGAGGGGCGGGGCGUCGUAAAUCAGCGCCCCCGCUGCUCACAGCGCCCGCGGUCGCCGCGCUGCCGGACUCCCGCACGGCCGGGCUCGGGCGGCGCCACGCAGCCCCGCAGAAUCAAGAAUGAUAGCCACAGGGAAAUUUGCAAGUCUUCCCAGAAAUGUCUCAGUGAACCAUCAGUUCUCAUUAGCAUCGUCCAUGGACCUUUUGACCACCAAACCUUCACUAACUGAGCAUCACUCAGACUCCUUUCAAGACAUAUCUAUCCAUGGCACUCUCCCCAGGAAGAAGAAAGGAACAGUUAAAGUUAGGGCUUGUGAUAUGUUUAGCCAUGUGGGAAUGUUACCAUACACCAGAACACAAAGGCAACAGCCACCUUUUGUACAGGAUGUCAUAGAAGAGUACCCUCUGCAAAAUGGGAAGAGCAACAAACUCCAUACCAGAGAUCAGAAUAUUCCAGAUCCUACUUUGGAGUAUGUUAAGUUUUCUAAGGAGCGGCAAGUUAUGGACAACAGCCCAGAAAAACUGAAGAAAGAGCUAGAGGAAGAACUACAGCUCAGCAGUGAAGAUUUGCGUAGCCAUGCCUGGUACCACGGACGUAUUCCUCGGCAGGUGGCAGAAGACCUAGUUCAGAGGGAUGGAGAUUUUCUGAUUAGGGAUUCUCUUUCCUGUCCUGGGAGCUUUGUUCUUACCUGUCAGUGGAAGAAUACCUCUCAGCAUUUUAAAAUCAACAGAAAAGUUCUAAGAUUAAGUGAAGCCUACUGCCGUGUUCAAUAUCAGUUUGAACUUGAAAGUUUUGACAGUAUCCCUGGCUUAGUCAGAUACUAUGUUGGGAAUCGCACACCAAUAUCAAAACAGAGUGGAGCAAUUAUUUUUCAGCCUAUCAACAGGACUGUGCCUCUCAGGUGUCUAGAAGAAAAGUAUGGCAUAACUCCAGACCGACAAAAAGAGCAAAGUAUCCCUGAAGGAAAAACAGAAAUUGCAAAAAGACUUAGUCUUGGUAUAUCCAGCAUGCAGUCCCAGGAACAGAGCAUACCUAGAGGAAAUCUUUUGAGAAACAAAGAAAAAAGUGGUAGCCAGCCAGCUAGUUUGGAUCACGUUCUGGACAAGAAAUUCCCUCUUAAGACUCACCAGUCGGAGAGCUAUUUGCUGAUAGGUUCAAGACAUUCCUCUCGAUUACCUGAAGCAGAUGCUGACUCCUGCCCAAGCUCUCCUGCGUUUCGAACAGGCAGUGAACCUUCUUUAAGCCCCACGGUUGUUCAGAAAGUAACCUAUGAUUCACAAGUAGGAGAAGCUCUUAGAGGAUCAGACAGCCAGCUUUAUCCAAAGCCUCCACCUAAACCCAGCAAAGCAACCCUGCUGAAGACCCCAGAUUCUCCUACGGCUUCCCACAGCUCGGAAGGACACUAUUGUGAGCUAAGCCUUGCCAGAGAUUCUGCAGCAACAAAACAACACUUAUGCCAGAAAAACAGCUACGUGGAGCAUCUGACACAAAAGGAGAGGGGAACACAAUCGUUCAGGAACUCUGAAACAAGUUAUUUGAUCCUGGAUGAUGACCAUACAACAAACUCUGCAGGUCCUUUAGAUGUUUCAACUGAGACGGCUGAAGAAAACAAUGUGUUUUCUGCACCUCUUUUUGAGACGUUGUCUAGUUUUAAACCAAAUGAUUUUGAAUCCAAACUACUUCCUUCUGAAAACAAGCCUUUGGAAACAUCAAUGCUAAGAAAAAUUAAGGAGCUUUUCACGAAGAAUAACCCAAAGGUUAUUGCACAGCAUAUUCUUAGAAUGGACUGCAAGGUGGCAAGGAUACUAGAAGUUUCUGAAGAGAUGAGGAGGAUUAUGGGAGUGAACUCCGGUCUUGAACUGAUUACUUUGCCUUAUGGACAUCAAUUGCGCCUGGACCUAAUUGAAAGGCACAAUACCAUGGCAAUAGGAAUAGCUGUGGAUAUCUUAGGUUGCACAGGAAAUCUGCAAGACAGAGCUGCAACAUUAAACAAGAUCAUCCAAGUUGCAGUGGAGCUAAAGGAUUCACUGGGAGAUUUGUAUGCAUUUUCUGCCAUUAUGAAAGCACUGGAAAUGCCACAGGUCACCAGGUUAGAACAAACGUGGACUUCUUUAAGACAUCAUUACACCCAGACUGCCAUCAUGUAUGAAAAACAGCUGAAGCCAUUCAGCAAAGCUUUGCAUGAAGGACAAGAGGUGGUCAGUGUUCCACAGAACCUAACGUUGCCACUGCUGAUGCCUCUUGUUACCUUGAUGGAGCGACAAGCUGUCAUUUUUGAAGGGAUGGAUCUGUGGGAAAGCAGUGACCAAAGCUGUGAAAUAAUGUUCAAGCACUUGACCACAGCUCGUCAGAUAGCACAGAAUGCAGAAAUGUACAGCUUGACUGCACAACGGAUGCUGGAAGGUUUCCAGCCAGAUGAAGAGAUGAGUGAAAUCUUCAAGACAGAAUUUCAAAUGAGAUUGCUCUGGGGCAGCAAAGGAGCACAAGUUAAUCAGAAUGAAAGAUAUGAGAAGUUCAGCCAGAUUUUAACUGCACUUUCCCGAAAACUGGAACCUCCUCCAGUGAAGCAGGUGGAACAAUUAAGUAUCUAAGACUAUAAACACUAUUAAGUGAUAUACUUGAAAUAACUGUAGCUUGCUUUCAGUAAUUUGAUACUGCACCUACUUUUUGCAUUUCACAAGAUGUUUAGAACUUCUAAUUGCACAAUGCACACUUGUUUUAAAACUACUGACUUCAACAACAAAUUAUUUAUUUACUGUGUCAGUACAUCAUUAAAUGAUCCUUUAUGCAGGUAGGUCACCCCUGUAAAGUACUACUAUAGCUUUCUGCAUUUCCUUAAGGUUACAAUCUUUUGAUAAUGCCUAAGAAUAGGGGCAUCUGCAUCAUAAUUAUAUUUAAAUGAAGCAAAUAGUGUAAAUAAAGUGAUAGAUUAACUAUGUGACAGUUGUAUAAUACUCCUUAACUGGGUAUAAAACACUGUGUACAGAAUUGUGAAUUAAAGUAUAUCUUUAUGCAAAAUAAUUUGCACGCUAUAGUUGAAGAAAUGAUCUGUGACUGCAACAGAAGGCUCAAAUUUCACUUUACCUAUGGAAGUGGAAAAUUAGUUGUGUAUGAGUUGGGACAAUUGAAAGUUUUUUUUUCCAGACAGCAUGUGAAGCACUUUAAUUUUUGCUGGAGGCUGGGCAGCUAUGCUGCCAGGAAAUGAAUGAUGAAA